AUGGCGGGCGCGGGCUGGCGGGCGCUGGCCGGGCGCUGGCUGCCGCGUGGCGCUGGCGGGCCUCGAGCCGCGUCGUCGGCGCCCUCCUGCCCGGGCUGCGGGCCCCCCGGACUCGGACCCGGACCCGGACCCGGACCGGGGCCCGGCGCCCACUGCCCCGGCGCGCCCCGCUCGGCGCCCGCCGCGGAGCCCGGCGCGCAGCUGUGGGCGCGGUACCAGGACCUGCGGCGGCUGGUGCACGAUCUGCUGCCGCCUGAGGUCUGCAGCCUGCUCAACCCCGCCGCCAUCUACGCCAACAACGAGAUCAGCCUGGGGGGUGUGGAGGUCUAUGGCUUCGACUACGACUACACCCUGGCCCAGUACGCAGAUGCGCUGCACCCCGAGAUCUUCAGCGCCGCCCGCGACAUCCUGAUAGAACACUACAAGUACCCAGAGGGGAUUCGGAAGUACGACUACGACCCCACCUUUGCCAUCCGGGGUCUCCACUAUGACAUUCAGAAGAGCCUUCUCAUGAAGAUUGAUGCCUACCACUAUGUGCAGCUGGGCACGGCCUACAGGGGUCUCCAACCUGUGCCCGAUGAAGAGGUGAUUGACCUUUACGGAGGCACCCAACACGUCCCACUGUACCAGAUGAGUGGCUUCUAUGGCAAGGGCCCCUCCAUCAAGCAAUUCAUGGACAUCUUCUCACUGCCAGAGAUGGCCCUGCUGUCCUGCGUGGUGGACCACUUUCUGCGCCACGGCCUGGAGUUCGACCAGGCACAUCUCUACAAGGAUGUGACAGAUGCCAUUCGAGACGUGCACGUCAAGGGCCUCAUGUACCAGUGGAUCGAGCGGGACAUGGAGAAGUACAUCCUGAAAGGGGAUGAGACCUUUGCUGUCCUGAGCCGCCUGGUGACCCACGGGAAGCAGCUCUUCCUCAUCACCAACAGUCCUUUCAGCUUUGUGGACAAGGGCAUGCGGCACAUGGUGGGCCCCGACUGGCGCCAGCUCUUCGACGUGGUCAUUGUGCAGGCAGACAAGCCCAGUUUUUUUACCGACCGCCGCAAGCCCUUCCGGAAACUCGAUGAGAAAGGUUCUUUGCAGUGGGACCGCAUCACCCGCCUGGAGAAGGGCAAGAUCUACCGGCAGGGGAACCUGUUCGACUUCCUGCGCCUGACGGAAUGGCGUGGCCCCCGCGUGCUUUACUUCGGAGACCACCUCUACAGCGACCUGGCGGACCUCAUGCUGCGCCACGGCUGGCGCACGGGUGCCAUCAUCCCCGAGCUGGAACGGGAGAUCCGGAUCAUCAACACGGAGCAGUACAUGCACUCGCUGACCUGGCAGCAGGCGCUCACCGGGCUGCUGGAGCGCAUGCAGACCUACCAGGACGCGGAGUCUCGGCAGGUGCUGGCCACCUGGAUGAAGGAGCGGCAGGAGUUGAGGUGCGUCACCAAGGCCCUGUUCAACGCUCAGUUUGGGAGCAUCUUCCGCACCUUCCACAACCCCACGUACUUCUCCCGGCGUCUCGUGCGCUUCUCCGACCUCUACAUGGCUUCGCUCAGCUGCCUGCUGCACUACGACGUGGACUUCACCUUCUACCCGCGCCGCACGCCCCUGCAGCACGAGGCGCCCCUCUGGAUGGACCAGCUGUGCACAGGCUGUAUGAAGACCCCCUUCCUCAGCGACAUGGCCCACAUCCGCUGAGGACGCCUUUAUUCGUCACACGUACACAACAUGAACACACACUGGCAUCUGUCCACUUGGGCAAUAAAAGUGCUCUCGCUCCCUC